GGCCACCAGAUCGGCUCGAUCAUAUCGCCACGCAAAACCCACCCCAACCCCCCAAGAUCGAUCGAUCGAUAUGAAGAUGGUUCGUCUCUGCAGCUCCGACGGCGAGGAGUUCGAGGUGGCGGAGGAGACCAUCGUCGCGGCGUCGGUGAUGAUCAAGGACAUGCUAGAGGACGGCGAAGUCGCCGUCGGCGUGAUCCCGCUCCCCAACGUGACCGGUCCCAUCCUCUCCCGAGUCCUCGACUACGUCAACAGGCACUUCUCCGACCCCCACGACCACAAAACCUCGUCCUGCCCCGCCGCCGACGACCCCCUCAGGCGGUUCGACGACUCCUUCGUCCAGGUCGACCAGGACACCCUCUUCGACCUCAUGCUCGCUGCCAAUUACCUCGACAUGAAGAGCCUGCUCGACCUGACGUGCAAGACGGUGGCGGACCAGAUCAGGGGCAGGACCCUCGAGGAGAUCCGCAAGAAGUUCAACAUCGUCAACGACUACACCAAGGACGAGGAGCAGGAGGUCCGCAGGGAGAACUCGUGGGCAUUCGACUAAUCGUCGUCUAGCUUAGCCGCCUGUCCAUUAGAUCAUCAGCGCGUAGGCUAUCUAUCGAUCGAUCCAUGGUUUUGAUGGGCGUGGUUACUUGAUCUAGAGCAGUAUACUAUAUAUGUUUUGGCUCUCUAUCAUAUGCGCUUUCUCACUCUUCAAAGCAAAUCAACGGGGUGACACAUGCCUAAGUGAAUGUGCAUUCAUAA